ACCACAUCUGCAGUGGAUUUCCACACCGAGAUGAAGGAGGACUCAGACAUUGCCUUCCAUUUCCAAGUGUACUUUGGCAAUCGUGUGGUCAUGAACAGCCGUGAGUUUAGGAUCUGGAAGGAGGAGGUGGAAUCCAAGAAUAUGCCCUUUCAAGAUGCGCAAGAAUUUGAACUGAAAAUCUGGGUCCUGGAAGAUAAGUACCAGGUAAUGGUCAAUGGCCAAGCCUAUUACAACUUUAACCAUCGAAUCCCGGUCAGUUCUGUGAAGAUGGUGCAAGUGUGGAGAGAUGUCGCUCUGACCAAAUUUAAUGUCAGCAAUUGAAAGAGAUAACCAGACUUCAUGUUGUCAAGGCAUCUCUGAUCUACGUGAGCAUGGGAUUCCCAAAGCCAGCUAACGGCGUGAUCUUUUCUCACUUCAAUCCUUACUUUUGCUCAUUAAAACUUAAUCCAACUUCACA